GGAUAAAGUCGAUCUCGUGAUAUCACGCUAAUGCCGUGAUUUGCAACAGCUAACUUUCCUUGCUGCUUCCGGUCUCUGCUUUCAGUGUUGUGUCAGAUUGUUGCAGAAUGUUUCGCCAGGCCUUUCAGAGAUUGACGCCUGUGGGCAACUUUGUGGCCCACCAGGUUCAGCGCAACAUUGGGAUGUCUGCUGUUGUCUCUCAGAAAGCCAACUUGGACCCUAUCCAGCAGCUGUUUGUGGAUAAGAUCAGGGAGUACAAGACAAAGUCUGCUGGUGGUAAACUAGUGGAUGCGUCUCCAGAAACGGAGGCCACGCUGAAGGAUAUGCUGACAAAUUUGGAGCGUGCCUUCCAGGCUAAAGGCGUCGACAUGACCCAGUUCCCAACCUUCAACUUUCAGGAGCCAGAGCUAGUGUGGCCAGGCCUGACAGAAGAGCAACGCGUGAAGAUGUACGAGACAGCCGAAGCUGCGGAGGUGGCCAUUGCCCAGGCGGAGCAGGUCGAUGAGGACAAAUACGACCCAUUUGAGGGCAUUCCCUGAGCUAUAAAUAUAUCUGCGUAGAUUAAAAACUGUGAACUUGUGACACCCAUUGAGAAAGUGAGAAAGUGAGGUCAGGAGCCUGACUGCAUGUGUUUGGGUUUUUUUUUGUUUUGUUGUGCGAGCUUAUGUGUGGGAACAUAGUUUUAUAUGAAAAGAGAUGUUUGUGAUGUCAGAUUUGACGCACUGAUCUUGAUGGCUCUGAUGUCCAGUGAUGCUGCGUUACUUUGUCAGUCAACAGACUUUUUUAUGUUGUGAAAGUGUGCAUAAAUUAAUUGCCUUAGGUGGUAGUAGAGACAGACUCAUUUCGGCUAUGCUACAGCAUUGUGAUGACUUGUGAGACCACACUGGCCUACUUUUUAAAAAGUCGGCAAUGGCAGUAGCUUGUCAAGACGUUUAUGCUGAAGACUCGGGGGUGGGAGUUACGUAACUUUUGUCCGCCUGGUUCAUGGAAUGAUAGUUACCGUUACAAUAAAUAUGAUCUGUAUAAAGCACUGA